AGGGCAAACUUAAAAUCGCGAAGGGCUCUCAAGUACACGCAGGGCGCGAAUUCACUCGUUCGCGAGUUUCGAACUAAUUAUAUUUUUUAUUUUCAGUAUUUAGUGGGGUGGUUGAGUUUGUUUUAACGCGUGAGUGUUGUUUUUGUAUUGAUUCCAUAAUUUUACGUUAAAUUGUGAGUGUACGUGUUUAUUUUGAAUAAAUACUUAAUUGACAAGUGAAUUCAAAAGGAUUUAACAAUAUUCAUAAAUAUUAAUAUUUUCGUAAUUCAAAUCACUUUAAAUAUAUUUUUCUUCAAUUUUUCAGUUCUUAGACCUUUUAUAUAUGUCUUUGUUUUUAAAUCGCCUCGAUUUUAGGUCUCCUCAGUUAUAAAAUAAAAAUUUUUUUUUUAAAUUUUGACGUUUCAACCACUUUCAGUCUUUUUUUAUUAUUUUCCCGAUCCGUAUAACUAUAAUACAAAAAUUGUUUAUAUUUCUUCAACUUUUUCUCAAUACAUCAUCUAGAUUUUAGGUCACGUUUGAUUAAAAAUUAGUUUUAAAACACAGGUAAUAACUGACGUUUCGCCUAUUUUGGUCUGUCUCAAAAUAUGACGUGACAUUUUCGAAUUGUAUAAUUAUAUAAAUUAAUAGAUCACCCACAACGUGAAUAUAGAAAUAGAAAUCUGUUUUAACGAUAAAAAAAAUCGUUAGUUAUUUCUUCUUUUAUUUAAUUCUACUCCGGGGUCAUGACAUAUACUUUUUUUCUCAAUAUAUUUCGUUUCCUUAUUCCAAUUUCAUCCCUUUUACUUCAGCAGUUUCUUUCAUAUUUUCAAUACAUGUUUUCCUUUGUCAUAAUUUUUACUUGCAAUUUUGGAUUCGAAUGUUUUGUUUUUGGUAUUCUCUGUUCGGGAGAUCUCAAUUGUACUUUGGUUUCAUCUUCAGUACUUGUCUAUAUGUUUCAUUUUUGAUUCAAUCUUUUUUUGUUCGAUUUUCUAUUUUUCCGAGGAAUCUCAUGUCCAUUGCGGUCCAUUUGAUUUUGAUUUAAUGUCCCAAAAUUAUUCAGCAUGGUAGACUUUACAAUUUUUUCUUAGAAUUUCAAUGUUAUGGUUUUUGGUACGUAUUUUGUAUUACACUUUCAUUGUAUCGAAUUCAAUAGUUUACCCACUUUUUCUAUUUUUUCAUUUAUUUCCCGCUCUUUUCAGCAUUCUAUUAUUGCCCAUAGAUAUUUAUAGCUUUCUUCAACUUUUCACUUUCGUGAUGAUUCGUAUUGAUUUUAGGUCUUUUCCACAUCAAAUUACGUUUAAAAAUAAAUUGAAACUUAAUUAAGAUUUGAGUAUUUUCAAACGAAAUUAAAGACAAGAAAUUCGUUAUAUAUGUUGCUCUGUAUUGACUUUUUUCAUCUUUAUUCUUUUCUGUUCUGUUUUCUAUUAAAAAUUUACUUUUAGUACAAAUUCUUGAAGGUUAUGUUCAACUCAAUUGAUCAAAUUUGAUUCGAUACAAAAAAAGCAAUCAAAUAAGCAAGAAUUUGGGUUCCACAUGGAUUUGAUCGUAGUUUUUCCAAACUCUGUACCGUCUUUUCUUCUCAUUUUCUUAGCCCUAUCCUUUAAAAUCAAAGACAGUUCUUCAGCUGUUCAAUUUCCAUUUAAUUGACACUUACUAUCAUAGCGAAAGUUCAUAAAUACUUUCCUUACAUUUUUAUUUACUGUAAACGAUAUUUUUUGGAAUGUUUAAUUCUAUAAUUUCAUUAAUAUUUUCGUCAGUAUUACAACUAAAACGUCAAAAUCGAAAUAAAUCAAUAAGUAUCCAUGGCAACGUGAUAAAAUGAAAACGACCCAUGGGAUCUGUUUUCAGUAUGAAUAUUGUCAAUUAAGAUGCUUUCAAAUUAAUUGAUUUCAUUGGAUUUCUACUGGAGCAAAAAUUUCCAAUUAAAUCAUUCCUAAUUGUAUCAAAUUUUCUGAAAUAAAAUUCUAAAUUUGACUCAAAUUGUUUGAGUCUUUUAUAUCUUUCAUAUUAUUGAUAAUUCCUUCCUAUCUACGUAAUCAUGUCUAAAAAUUACCUUUUUUAUUCUUUCAGACAUCAUUAAUGUAUGUUUUUUCAAUAAUUUCAUGGCUUAUUAACGCAGUUUCUUAUUGUAUUAACGACUUUAAUCUAUAUUAUUUCUAUAUUACUUCUUUCGUUAUUGGGUAUUCCAGAUGUUGAUAUACUGAGAUAUUUUGAUAAUGUAUUAUGUCCUUUAUGUCUUACGAACUCGUCUACUAACAUAGAACGUGAAGUCGAUCCUGUUUAAUUGCGUUAAUAAAAUCUAAAGUUUGGCGAAUGUGCCGGGUAUAAUUCCCUGUAGAACUAUUCACAUUAUCUAUGGCAGCGGCAAUUAUUUAUAUUGUUGUAUAGAAAUUACUUCUAAAAAAGCCUUUUCAUUUGUUAACGGCUUAUACUUCGAAUACUCUAAAUACGAUUAUAAUGCUUAGAAACUAGCCAGGCGUAGUAGUCAGUAAAGUUAGUAAAUAGUUCUUAGUGAUUUAGUGAAUAGUGAGUAGUGUUAGUGUAAAGUAAUAAAUAAGUCCUUAAAUAUCUUUCUUUGAAUCCUUGGAUCGUUAUUAAAAACGUGAGGAAUUCCCAAUACAUCAAAAGUGUGAAAUUACGUAAAAGGAAUCAGAAACAAGUUGAGGAAUGCUUUCAAAUUGUCAUGCAGAAACAACGUCGAGAGUUAGGCUUGAAGCGCUUCUGGUCUGCUGUAAAAUCUUCCAAUAGCAGCUCAGGAUCUCAAUGCGACGUUGGACCAGAAGAUUCCCCCAAUGAAGAAACUAAACCACCACAUUGUUCAUUGCCGUUACUUCAGGUAUGGCCAAGUUCAGAUUCCCCAAGAGGCGAAGCGGAUGGACAAAGUUUCGUUUUUCCGGUUUGCGCGGAAGACGCGUCAUCACACAAUUCAACUUGUAUCGACAACGCAAUACACAACGAUUCUGGAAUUGAUUCCAAUCAGGUUUCACCUCUACCAUCAACAGCUGGAACUUCCACAACUCCUUUGCAAUCCCCAACUCCAAGUAUGAGACGUCCGAGUAGUUCUUUACUUCAUCCGGAUCAUGCUAGGCUAUUGAGGUUGUAUCCAAUCAUAUCUCCACCCCAAAGCUCGGUAGAAGAUCUGUCAGAUGUUAAUACGAAUUGUAGCAAUCCCGUUGUAUCACCUUCGUCUUCAACUACUUCGUCGUUAACAUCGAUAGCAGCUGCCGUUGCAGCUAAUAACACAUCAAGAGCAAGUGAUAGUUCAGACAGUAGAAGAAGAUCUUCCAUAAUGACAGCUAGAUACUCAAUUUUUGACGCGUUAGAUCUCGAAUAUGCUCUACUUAGAGCAGCUGCGAGAGGAAGUGUAGGACCUUAUUCGCUCAGUGAAAGUUUACAUAAGCUAACCUUCACUCAAAGUCUUGCUUUUCCAGCUUUGGCACGAGGUUUAGCUGGUAAAAGAAGACGAUCUCAACAGAAUCACUCGAGGAGACCUUUAAAUCCGGAUGAAAGCGGAUUAAACACAUUUGCGAAGUUAGUGACAGCUAUGGUAUUGGUUUUAGUGAGUGUGUUAGUGUUUGCUGUCGUUUAUAAAUUUGUGAGGACGUGAGGUUUGCUUCUAGCUCCUGGGGGGGCUAGACAAGGCAGCUUCACCUUAAGAAAUUCCAGUGACUCAUUGAAAAAUUUUCCGGAAAUCACAUAAAAUUUCGAAUAAUUACUUUAUGAUAAAGAACGAUAUGAAACGUUACCAUAUUUGUCGGAAUAGGGCUAAAUAAUAUGUAUUAUUGAGGAAUUUUUGCGGUUGCUAGGUUCGGGUACAGAAAAUGUUUAUAAUGUAUAUAUUAAUAUACAAUCCCUUUGGGAUUUUAUCGAAUAUCUGUUGUCUUCUGUUUUUUGAAGAUAAACUAAUUAAGAAUAUUUGGUUUCUAUUUGUACCAAAUUGAUCAUUAUAUGAUUAUGUUGGUUGGAUAAUAUACAUAAAACAAUUUUCACUUAAACAAAGUUUUUACUAUACGAGGGUGAUUUGAAAAGGUAUCAGCACUUAUCAAUAUAAUAUGAAAAAUGUGAAUAUUUUACUGAAAACAAGGAGAAUUUAGAAUAGAGUGGUCUUAAAUCUUUUUUGUUGAAGGCAAUACACCUACGCAAUUAAAAGAAGUGCUAGACACUCUCUGUACUAUAAUUAUUUACUGCAUCAAUGAAAUUUUGGCAGCUGGAUUCAAAUGACUCGAUUGACGACGAGAAAUCGAAAUAAUCAGCUCAACAAAUGGUACUGGAUGACCGUCUGAUUAUGAUAAGACUCAUCGCUAUAUCAAAAGUACUGAAUGGAGAAUUAUGCAAACUAUGCGCACUACCGUUGCCGCGUCUGUUAUUUUUGAACCAAAAGUACAUGCGGAUAAACCUUUCCCCCCUUAUUGAUGCCUUAUUCAUACGGCUUAAGCAACAUAAGUCGAUUUUUAUGUGUAGUUGAAAAGUGGAAUGGAAACGCACGCGCUGAACUAAGUGUAUAGACUUCAGAUAAGAUGAUAAAGCUGGAAACUUUUCACACAAUCCUCGUAUUAUUGAAUUUCAUGAAUAAAUUCAUAUUUAUGUGAAUACUUCUCACAUUGAUGAGAAUUAUAACAAUCAAUACGUACUUAAGUUUGAAUUAUAUUAUGCUAUAAGUAGUAGUAUUCACAGUAUAUUACAUCAAUGACUUUAUUUCCAGGUAUUUUCAAUACAACGUCAAAUAUUUGGUCAAAAGUGAUGCAAAUUUGAUUAAAUUUGGUUCAUGAUAUCGCUUUCAGCCUUUGCCUGGAUAUUUUCCUCUCCAGCUUCGCUUACGACCUUACGAUAAAGCUGAUUAGCUUCAUGAUAGGUCACUGUUUUAUAUUCCUUCUCCCCUUCCUUAAAAAAUGUCUCGAAAUCAUUUAAAACGAUCCCACCAACACCUCCAAAACUGAUUCCAGUAUGGAUUGCGCAGUUACUUCACUUUAUGCACUCAUAGGUUCUUCGGAGAGUUUCAGAGUUCCUUAGAGCUAUCAAUUCCUAUAAAACAAUAUAAUCUAAAAGAAAUAGCUGCGAAUAGUAUUUGAAUACUCUUGAGAAAUAUAGAAAUAUUAUCAUUGAAUCACCAGAAAACAAGAAUACGGGUGCGGUAGUCAUAGCAUUUCAGUUUUCAUGGGACAAUGAUCAAAACAUCCCCGACCGUUUGCUGUGAAAGCGUUUUACCUAACUUGUAGCUAUGAAGCAGCUCAGCCUCGUUUUCGUAUUAAUUUUGAAGAUAAUUAUAAUCAGCCAGUGCUUAGCGUGAAUUUAAUAAAGUUAUGAGUGGCGUAUUUUGGAAAUAUCGAUGAAACAAUCAGCUAAAAAAGUGGCCGUACGGGAUAAGCUCGAUUUCUUGAGAAUGUUAAACCCGUUAGAGUUGCUAUAGAAAGAAACUCGCAAUGACCACCGCUUCGACAGAUUGCAGCUAUUAAAAUUUUCGAUAGAUCCGUCCGGAGGAUCUUGAGAUCAGAUUUGCACCAUCACGUUUAUAAAAUUCAAAUGAAUCCCCGGAAUAAUGCCGUCUAAGCGUUAAUGAAUUACGCUUAUUAGAUUAUAACAAUAAAAUUUUGAAAAAUUGGCUGCCGUAUCCUACAUUGAAAGAAAAAUUGUAGAAGAUUUUCAAUAAGACAAUAUUUUGAUGAGUCUUUGGAGUAAGUGACAACCAUUUUGUGACAUUAUCCAUACUUCUAUGUUACAUUUCAAUCAAGAAAGUUCUUGUCUGAGAAAAAUCGCGCGCCGUCGUCAAAGUUUCAACCUUCUAAAUGUUUUAUCAGCGAUGGGCGGCUUCGAGGCCAACACAAGUAUGUAAUUUCGUACCAGUAUUGUGAAUACUACUGUCAACUUCAAAUCUUGAUUACUAAAAUGUUUUUAAAGCUAAUCUGUAAUUUGAAAUGAAUUCAAUAAUUCAAAUACCAUUUUUCUCAUUCUUACACACUCUUCUGAAAAUUACUGGAAAUUUAGAAUAAAUCAAGACACGACAAAAAAGGAAUGAAAAUAAUGGAAAAGGGAGCCCAUAUAAUGACUCAACUUCAGCAUGAUUUACACCUGAAAUGAUAAUCUUAAGGAUUAGGUGAGUAGUUAGAAUCCAACAACAUUCUUAUAGAAAACAUCCUGUUUCCUGAUUGAUCUACUAUAUUAAAUAUAAAGGAUAAAUCAGAAUCCACGCUGAAUAAAUGAAGACCUUUUCAACUCUCGAAAAAAAUGAAUAUUCUACUAGAAAUUGUUGAAAAUCAAAUAAAAGGUUUAAAACUCUUUGAUAAAGUACAAUAUUUGGAACUUUUCCAAAUAGAAUAAGUACGAUAAUUCGUUUCCCACCCUGUAUAUGUUUGAGAUACGCAUAAAGACAUCUAAUUUCAACAAAUAUAAUUCGCAGUCAAUUUCGUGAUUGUAUAUUGAUACUGUGCUAGAUCCAAUGAUAUGAUUACUUGUUUUUUAUAAUAUUAUAACUUCACAUACACACGAAAAUGGCUGACAUCUACGAUAGCUAUUUAUCUCUAAAUUGAAACAUCCUGUAUACAUCACAAUCAGCAUUGGGAGUAUCAAUUGACGAAUCAGAAUUAUUGAUUUAUGUCAAAUUACAGACUCUGGAUGAGAAUUUUAUGUUUCGAUAUAUUUCCGAUAAUAAAUUAUAUUUUAAUGAAGUGUUCGAUACUUUUUUACAUAAUAUGCGGUAACUUUCGCAUUGAGAUAUCUAACUUUAUAUAAUAAAAGAACCAAAGCUGCUGCCUCGAUCUGUUUUUGACUGACAGUGGCAAAAAUUAAUGUAUAAAAUAUCUCAUGAAUAUUGUUAUAAAUAUAUUAUUUCUAAGUAUUUAUUGUUAACAAUAAAGUCGAUUAACACAAA